CCCAGCUCGGCGACGCGCGAAGCAACGGAAGGGAUGAGGAGAUGAGCGGAAGCUGCAGGGGUGGAGACGUCGUCACCGCGAGGCGCCGCGCCACCCUCUCAUGUUCUCUCCUCGCUGCGCCGUCUCGCUCUCUGCCACCGCCGCGACCACCACCUCCAAUGGCGCCGGUGGCGGGGGCGGCGGGAGGAGGAAGCCGCCGGCGUCGCAGGUGAAGAAGCUGUGCAAGCAGGGGCGGCUGGAGCACGCGCGGCGGCUGCUGCUGGAGGUGCUGCCGCGGCCGCCGCCGACGCUGCUCUGCAACGCGCUCCUCAUCGCCUACGUGUCCCGCGCGCUCCCGGAGGAGGCGCUCCGCCUCUACGCGCUCCUCAACCAUGCGGCCCGCCCGCCGGUGCGCUCCGACCACUACACCUACUCCUCCGCGCUCACGGCCUGCUCCCGCUCCCGCCGCCUCCGCCUCGGGAGGUCCGUCCACGCGCACCUCCUGCGGCGCGCACGCUCCCUCCCCGACACCGCCGUCCUCCGCAACUCACUCCUCAACCUCUACGCCUCCUGCGUGAGGUACAGGGAUGCACGCGUCGACGUCGUCCGGAGGCUGUUCGACACAAUGCCUAAGAGGAAUGUCGUUUCUUGGAACACACUGUUCGGCUGGUACGUUAAGACCAGGCGUCCCCAGGAAACCCUCGAGCUAUUUGUGCGAAUGCUUGAGGAUGGCUUCAGGCCCACGCCAGUCAGCUUCGUGAAUACAUUUCCGGCAACCGUAGCCGCUGAUCCAAGCUGGCCAUUCCUGCUGUACGGAUUACUUGUGAAGCAUGGGAUAGAGUAUAUCAAUGAUCUCUUUGUUGUGAGCUCAGCAAUCGACAUGUUUUCUGAAUUUGGCGAUGUUCAGUCAGCUCGCAGAGUGUUUGAUCAUGCUGCCAAGAAGAAUACUGAGGUUUGGAAUACCAUGAUAACUGGGUAUGUACAAAAUGGCCACUUUUCUGAAGCCAUUGAUCUCUUCAGCCAAAUUUUGGGAUCUCGAGAGGUUCCCCUGGAUGUUGUGACCUUCUUGUCAGCCCUCACAGCAGCCUCACAGUCACAGGAUGUUAGCUUGGGUCAGCAGCUGCAUAGCUAUUUGAUUAAAGGAAUGCACAGGACUUUGCCUGUAAUACUGGGUAAUGCAUUAGUUGUAAUGUACUCGAGAUGUGGCAAUGUCCAAACUGCAUUUGAUCUAUUUGACCGUUUGCCAGAGAAGGACAUUGUUACUUGGAAUACCAUGGUGACUGCUUUUGUGCAGAAUGAUUUUGACUUGGAAGGUUUGUUGCUGGUUUAUGAGAUGCAGAAAUCAGGUUUUGCUGCUGAUUCUGUGACGUUGACUGCAGUUCUGUCUGCAGCAUCAAAUACUGGAGACCUUCAGAUUGGUAAACAAUCACAUGGUUACCUUAUCAGGCAUGGCAUUGAGGGUGAGGGCUUGGAGAGCUACCUAAUAGACAUGUAUGCAAAAUCUGGCCGUGUAGAAAUGGCUCAGAGAGUGUUUGACAGCUUUAAAAAUGCCAAGAGGGAUGAAGUCACUUGGAAUGCCAUGAUAGCAGGAUACACACAGAGUGGGCAGCCUGAAAAGGCACUCUUAGUAUUCCGGGCAAUGCUUGAGGCAGGUCUUGAACCUACUUCAGUGACAAUUGCUUCGGUGCUACCUGCAUGUGAUCCUGUUGGAGGAUGUGCAGGGAAGCAAAUACAUUGUUUUGCGGUGCGCCAUUGUUUGGAUACCAAUGUCUUCGUAGGUACAGCUCUUAUUGACAUGUACUCUAAGUGUGGUGAGAUCACUAUAGCAGAAAACGUCUUUGCUGGCAUGACUGGAAAGAGCACUGUCACCUAUACGACAAUGAUAUCUGGUCUUGGUCAGCAUGGUUUCGGCGAAAAUGCGCUUGCUCUUUUCAACUCCAUGCUAGCAGAGGGAUUAAAACCCGAUGCAGUGACUUUCUUGUCUGUGAUUUCAGCAUGUAAUUACUCUGGACUGGUCGACGAAGGACUAGCUUUGUACAGGUCAAUGGACGCAUUUGGACUUUCAGCUACUCCUCAGCACCACUGCUGUGUUGCAGACUUGUUGGCUAAAGCAGGAAGGGUGGAGGAAGCAUACGAGUUUAUCGAGCGGCUGGGGGAGGAGGGCAACUUUGUUGCCAUCUGGGGAGCGCUGCUUGUAUCCUGCCGAGCUCAGGGCAAGCAGGAGUUGGCAAAAUUGGUGACAGAGAAGCUGCUUGACAUCGAGAAGCAGUAUGGUCAUGCAGGCUAUAACGUUUUGUUGUCACAAGUACUUGCUGCUGAAAGUAACUGGAGUAGUGCUGAUAGUCUGAGGAAGGAAAUGAAGGCAAGGGGGUUGAAGAAAGAAGCAGGCUCUAGUUGGAUUAAAAUCCAGAACACAGCAUCGCAACACAGGUUUAUUGAGAAAAAACAAAAUUACCUUGAAAAUGAGCACAUCUUCUCGAUUCUGAAUGGUGAUACCGGCAGUAUGGAUGGAGUCAUUUAACAAGUUGAAAGUACUGCACGUAACAUGGAAUGCCGCGAGAUUUUUUGUGGUCUAAGCUCAUGCUGACAGGCUGACAGAUUAGUCUCCUGGUUUACGGUUUACCUGACUUGUCUCCACUCAGUAAUCAGAAUUGGUGCACCUCUGGAAUAUUUGACUGCAGGGUAACUCGGUCCGCGCAUGCAAUAUCAGACGGCCACACAAUAAACUUGUUGCUGCGACAUAAAUCUAUGCAUGCAGUUGAGAGUCCGCGCAUGCAAUAUUCGACGGCCAGAUGCAAAAUAAGUUGCUCUUACAGGUGGUCAGUUUGUAACUUGUGUACUUGACAAGCAUAGCGCAGUCCUUAGACGAAUUUUGUGUGAACUGUACAGCAAUUGCCUAUAAUUGUUUCUAGUGAUAAGGUGGGUACUGUCAUGUGCUUUUUAGAUCCAAUUGGUGCUGUAAUAUGUCAAGAGCAAGCACUCGGAUACACGAUCAUACGAGCAAUGUGAUUAUGUGAACGAUAUUUUUCUUUUGUUGUAAAUGUAUAUGCAGCAUCUCAAAUGAAUAUUAUUCCCACAUGGUUAUGGCCAAUGCAAAGGUGAACUUUGUGUUGAAUUAUCUGUAACUAAUCAUGCACUACAUGUUUUAAACUCGAGUGGACCUCUUCCAA